AUGGGUGAGACCGACAGCCUCUGGGGUGACAUUAUCCAUGUCAACGGGCAGCCAUGGCCAUUUCUGAACGUGGAGCCAAGGAAUUCCAAUGUCAAUGGGAAGCUGCCUUUCAAGGUGAUUGCCAGUGACGCCGGUCUUCUUGGAAGUCCGGUCCAGGUUUCCGACUUGUACAUCUCGAUGGCUGAGCGUUAUGAGAUUGUCUUUGACUUCUCCGCCUACGCCGGUCAGGCCGUUGAACUACGAAACUUGCCCAAGGCGGGAGGGAUCGGAACAGAUGAUGGCUACCUCAACACGGACAAGGUCAAGCGCUUCAUGGUGUCAUCAAUGCCAGUCGAGGACACCUCAAGCGUGCCGGACACACUCCGUUCAAAUGUCCCCUUCCCCGUCUCUGGCACCCCGAACACAAUCAACCAUCACUUCCGGUUCCACCGAUCAAACGGCGAGUGGCAGAUUAACAACGUCGUCUUUGCCGAUGUCGACAACCGGGUUCUUGCCAAGGUGCCAAGAGGCACUACCGAGAUCUGGGAGCUGGAGAACUCCAGCGAUGGCUGGACGGAUGGCAACCGGGCUGUCAUGCCCUAUGAGGCCGCUGGGCUCAAGGAUGUGGUCUGGCUCGGGAGAGGGCAGACCGCGAUCGUGGAGGCUCACUAUGCUCCAUCGGACGGAGUCUACAUGUUCCAUUGCCACAACUUGAUCUACGAGGAUAACGACAUGAUGGCUGCGUUCAACGUCACGGCUCUAUCUAACUGGGGCUGCAAUGAGACGACGACUUACUUGGACCCCAUGGAGCAGAGAUGGAGGGCGAAGGCGUUCGGUGCUGGUGACUUCCAGGCAAGAACAGGCGCGUUCUCUGAUGAAGCAAUUGCAGCAGCGGUGAAGGAGCUUGCUGAAGAAGAUCCAUACAGCCAUGCGGGAGACGUCAACGACGCUUUGGACAAUUACUGGAAGGGACAGGCCGCCAGCGCCUCUGGUGAUGCACAAACAGCUGUCAGACGUCCCAGGCAGUUUGAGGCUUGA